AUGGCCCCUCCUCUUCCCAUCAUUCCGACCACCGGCAUAGCAUCCGAUGCCCCUCUUGUUCCAGCGGCAGCAGCAGCGCAGGUCCCACUCCCGCAUUCAUUGUCGCCCCCGUUACAAAUCGACUCGCACGACGACACCCUCAGCAGUGCCGGUACCGUUUCGCACCAAGCACUACCAGACCACAACAAUUUCCACGAGCACAACGGUUACCAUGAACAGCCCCAACACCCCAUCCAAUUCCAGCCCCUCGACCACAGCGUAAACAAUUCUCCACGCUCGUACUACCCGGCCGAUCAAACCGACAGCGAACCGACCGCCCGUUAUGCAACACCGCCCGUGGCGGCGCCUGCUAUAUCUCGCCCAUCUUCCGGGCUCUCGGGACAAGGCGCCGGGUAUGGAGCAGACCACGUGUCCAGGGCAGGGAGCAACGGCGCAGCGGCCGAGUCGUCGCAGGCGCCCGGGCGCAACCAUGUGGUGAUCAAGGUCGGCAUGGUGGGCGAUGCCCAGAUCGGCAAGACCAGCCUGAUGGUCAAGUACGUCGAGGGCAGCUGGGACGAGGACUACAUCCAAACGCUGGGCGUGAACUUCAUGGAGAAGACGAUUAGCAUUCGCAACACCGAGAUCACGUUCAGCAUCUGGGAUUUGGGCGGCCAGCGCGAGUUUGUGAACAUGCUACCGCUGGUGUGCAACGACGCAGUGGCGAUCCUGUUCAUGUUCGACCUAACACGGAAGAGCACGUUGAACAGCAUCAAGGAGUGGUACCGCCAGGGCCGCGGCUUCAACAAAACGGCCAUUCCUGUCCUCGUCGGCACGAAAUACGAUCACUUUGUGAACCUGUCGCGCGAGGAGCAGGAGGAAAUUUCCAACCAAGCCCGGCGCUUUGCCAAGGCGAUGCGCGCAGCGCUCAUCUUCAGCAGCACGAGUCACAGCAUCAAUGUUCAGAAGAUCUUCAAGAUUGUACUCUCCAAGGCCUUCGACUUGAAAUGCACCAUUCCCGAGAUCACCAAUGUCGGCGAGCCAUUGCUCAUUUAUCAGUCCUGCUAA